AUGUCUCCUAACAACCACAUUCUCAGCAUCAUGGCUGCGGAUGCUGCGGAUGCAAGUGCUCCACUCUAUGUCUGUCGAACCGGCGUCUUAUCUGUUCUUUUUGUUUUCGCCGUUUUCUUACCAACAUCGGUUCUGGGUCUGCUGGGUUUUCGUCCGGAAGAUACGGGAGGAGAGCUGUCCGUAGAAGACGGGGUGCUGAAAGCUACAGAAGGGACGCGAUUUAGGCUUCGUGUUUACUAUGCAGCAUCCCAGCGACUCAACAGAACUCUCGGUAUCAGACAGGGAACUGGAGAUGGGGUUACUGCACCGUGGAUUGCUUUUAUUGAAGAACCGACGCCGCUUAUUUCAGGAAAGGUCCACGGGAAAAGAAAUCUCUGCAUGGAUAAAAACUCUAGGACUUCUGAUAUCGAACAGCUGGGUACAUUUAAACCGCCAUACAGCCAGAACUCUAUAUUGGUUGACCUGUUGGCCAAAGACCUUCGUAGAGGUGAGAAAAUCAAAUAUUAUUCCAUGUGUGCCUUCGAUGGGGCUAAAUGGGAACACUUUGGAACUAGAGACUUCUGGCUGGCAGUAGUAGAGAGACCGCCCGAAGCUGACCUCUGGCUUCAGGUUGCGGUCUCUUUGGUAUUCCUUGGGUUUUCUUCUCUUUUCAGUGGUUUAAAUCUGAGUUUGAUGGCUUUGGAUCCGGUAGAACUCAGGGUAAUACAGAACAGCGGCACGGAAAAGGAGCAAAAAUACGCCUGGCGCAUUGAGUCAGUCCGAAAACACGGGAACUACCUACUAUGCACCUUGCUUCUGUGGAACACGCUUGUGAACGUAUCUCUGGCAGUCUGGCUGUGUCAGGCUUUUGGUGUAACAUGGCUCUCGAUCCUUGUCUGCACGUUCAGUAUUUUCUUUAUUGGUGAAAUCCUCCCGCACUCAGUUGCUUCAAGACACGGGCUCGCAAUCGCAUCUAAAACAAUUUGGGUAACGAAGCUACUAAUGCUCAUCUCUUUUCCCAUUUCAUAUCCCAUUAGCAAGAUUCUAGACGUGAUUCUCAACCAGGAAAUCAGUAACUUUUACACUCGAGAAAAGCUUUUGGAAAUGCUACGGGUCACGGAUCCCUACCACGACCUUGUUAAAGAAGAGCUUAAUAUCAUCCAAGGCGCCCUGGAGUUACGGACUAAGACAGUGGAAGAUGUUUUAACCCCUCUAAAUGACUGCUUCAUGCUUCGCUCUGACGUCUUGUUAGAUUUCAAUACAAUGUCCGAAAUCAUGCAGAGUGGCUACACUAGGAUCCCGGUGUAUGAGAAUGAGCGAUCUAAUAUCGUUGACAUUUUAUUUGUCAAAGACCUUGCUUUUGUGGACCCCGAUGACUGCACCCCAUUGAAAACCAUAACACAGUUUUACAACCACCCGCUGCAUUGCGUGUUCAACGACACCAAACUGGACGCGAUGCUGGAGGAGUUUAAAAAAGGCAAAUCCCACCUUGCAAUUGUACAGCGAGUUAACAAUGAAGGUGAAGGGGACCCAUUCUAUGAGGUGAUGGGUAUAGUCACGCUGGAAGAUGUCAUUGAGGAGAUCAUCAAAUCCGAGAUUCUGGAUGAAACUGACCUCUACACUGACAAUCGGACAAAGAGGAAGGUUUCUCAUCAUGGAAGAAAGCAGCAAGAUUUUUCACUGUUUAAAGUCACUGAGAAUGAAAUGAAGAUCAACAUCUCCCCACAACUUCUCCUUGCAACACAUCGCUUUCUUGCUACAGAAGUGGAGCCAUUCAAGCCAUGCCACAUUUCUGAAAAAAUCCUUCUGAGGCUUCUUAAACAUCCCAGUGUUGUGCAGGAUCUCAAGUUUGAUGAGAGGAAUAAAAGAUCUACUGAGCAUUUCUUGUUCCAGCGUGGCAAACCAGUAGACUACUUUGUUCUAGUGCUACAGGGACGUGUGGAAGUUGAAAUCGGAAAAGAAGCUCUGAGAUUUGAAAAUGGCGCAUUUACAUAUUAUGGAGUGCCUGCUAUUAUGACCAGCUUAUCUUCAGUCCACAGGUCACCUUCCCGAAGUAGUGGUCUUAACCGUUCUGACUCAUUAACCUAUGGUGGCAGUAUGAGCCAGCUGAAUACCACCAAUAACGCAUAUGUGCCAGAUUACUCUGUUCGGCAACUUACAGACCUACAGAUUAUAAAGAUAACAAGGCAGCACUACCAAAAUGCUCUCACUGCAACACGCAUGGACAGCUCUCCUCAGACUCCAGAUGCGGAUACCCAGGUAAAUGAGAGUGGCAAUGGGACUCCUGACAUCCCUGAUGUGGAGCCUUUGGUGAAUAAAAGCCCCUUGACGUUGCCAGAUAUUCAGAGAGCAACACACUCCACGCAGAAUAAGAUGCAAGAGCAGAGUGUCCAACAGAUCACCACUGCACUCAAUGAGAAGAACCGCAUAGUUCGGAGCAAGUCAGAUGGCCAGAAAAGCCCCAGCGAUUCCGUAUUUCUUUGGAUGGACGAAAUUCCUUACAUUCGUGAAGACUUAACUGAAAGUUCUAAAAGAGAUGGAAAGCAAAAUGAGGACACCUUAGGAGUUCCAGUUGAGGAAAAUGUGUCCAGUUCUCCAUUCAUCAGCAGUCUAUCUCUCAGUGGGUCAGAAGAGACAUUAGGGAAAAAGUUGCUUCGUAAACUGAGCAAUAAAAAAAGGAAAAAGUCUCGUGAUGGAGAAAGAACACCAGAAGACAAUCCUGCAGUUUCCCAAGUAAAAACUUAAGUUUGCCAAAACAGAUGGAAUUGUGAAACAGGAAAGGUGGGCUGGGUACUUCAGCAAAAGAAUGAAACUUACCUAUCCCAAAAGUCCAAACCUGCCCCAGACCAAUCAAGUAAAUGAGUUAAGAAGGGCGAGAUUUUUGUUGUGGUUGAAAGCUUGUCAGUAGACUCUCCUCAUAAUCAUAUUAAACAGAAUUGUACUAGGUUCAUAGUUAAAAUCAGCAUGUGCUAGUCUGCUUAGCUGUACACACAGGGAGCAGCCCUGUGAGAGUCUACUGAUUAUCACUUACUCUCAUCACAUGUUCUUCCUGUAUACCUUUAUGAACAACAGUGCAUCUAAUUUGAUAUGUGGUUAGCAGAAUCAACAGUAGGAACAGUUAUAAUUUUUAAAUAUAAUUAAGAUUUACAAUGGGGUAAUAUCAGAAAGAACAGGAUUAAACACAUUAGAGGCUAUUUUAAUAUUUUGGAUCUUCUCUACAAUAGAGUGAUGAUAAAUUUACUUUUGUUGCUUGAAUCACUUUGGUGGAAUGCUUGGUUGAAAACAUAUAGUUUUCUUAUAGAACUUUCAACAUCACCUUGUUAUCAGAGUGGAGCAGGAAAUUGCAAAAAUAGUACAACAUGGAAAAAAAAGUGCAAUGAGACCAUGUACUUUAUUGAAAUUCUACAGCUUCCUUUGACAAUUCUGACUUCACUCAUACCAACUAUAUUCUAAAUGGGACAGAAUGCCUCUUAAGUAUGGCGGAAUAGUAAUUCAAUGUGAAUUUAACAGCACUUUAACGAAGUCUAAAUGUAUUUUCUUGUAAAAUCUCACCAGUAAAUAUGUAUUUUUUAUUUUUGGUUAAGUUAGGUACAGGGAUAUACUGGAAUCCAUUUUAGGCAACGCACACAUUUUAUGUUAUGUGUUAUUAUUUAAUGUACACUGUUUCGAACGUUAACUUCUUUUUGGAUUUACCAGUUUUAACCUGAGCAGUAUUAAUUUAUUUUAAUCGUAAUGAGUAUUUUAUUCUCUAUUUUUCAGCACUUUACACUAAGGAGACAAAUGCUAUUAUUGCUAAAAAUGUGUGCCAUGUUUUUCUCUUAAGGCACAUUGUACCUGUACUGGCUGAGUUUUGCUUUGACAUCUACACCACUUACAGGGCACAAGUUGUGUAUUUUAUUCUCAUUAUUUUGGCAGUAGGGCAGCACAGUGGCAUAGUGGACAGUACUGUCACCUCCCAUAUCCAACAUUCAAAUCCCACACCUGGAUGUUCUUUCUGUGUCUGUGUGUGUUUUCUUCCCAACUGUCCUAAGACAUGUGCGUUAGGUUAACUGGUCACUCUAAACUGGCAAAAAUCUGGUGCCCUGUCCAGGGCUGUUUUCUG